CAAAACUUUUCUUUCCUUUAUCUCUUUGCUCAUUUCUCAAGAAGCGAUAACUGAUAAGAAUUUCAAAUGUUACCCUUCUAGCUAACAUAUAUACUGCAACUGUUCAGAGCAUCCUAUCAUACUCUCUAAGCAACACAAAUGUUAGAGCUUUUCUAUAUAAUUACAAGCGAACUGCCCUAGCUCCUGCAACCCUGCACAAACUAGCAGUAGAACAUGGUCUUCUUUAGAUUCCCUUAAUGCUUGGAAGCGGCUGGACUUCAUUCAACAUUCCAAUUACCAUACAUUCUCCUCAUGAACUACGUACCAACUGUUCUGCCUCCCUCUAUCUAGGUACGAUCUUGAAAAGCAUUCAGAUGAGCAUAGUAUAGUAGGCUGGUGGUACUGCAAAUGUAAUCAUAAAAGCUCUUAGUCACAUCCAGCGUAAUAACAAAUUUACCUACUUCAAAUGUUAAUUCGAUCACCAACCUCGCCACCUCGGUCAGUUUGAAGAUAAUUGACUUACAUACAGAGCAGCUCAAAUAUGUGAAACAAGACCAUGAGACAGCCAUAUUUAUAUGAUAGAUACAUUUGCAAAUUAAAAAGGACAACAGGCCUACAUGAGGAACCAACGAACUACCCAUUCUAGAAUUAUUUUCAGAUUUAUAUCCCCUGCAUAUUCUACUGUAAUCAAACCAUCAAACAGAUAUUCAGAAAAUAAAACAAAAGGCAAAGAAUAAAACACUUGCACUAAACAAUGACUUCCUAAUAGUAAGCAUGUACCUCUCGACGAUCCUUAACAAGUUCAUCUUGAAGAUUCUGCAAACUUGUCUCAUUUUAGAUUUGAUCUUGAGAAGCACCAUCUCUUAACAUUUCCCCCUCUUCCUAUAAUGGUAACGGAAAUGAGAAGGCGGAAUAAGGCUUCUCCGUCACUUUGGGCAGCCGGUGGUUUGGGCCAGUUCGCAUGAUCGUAGAGUUUGGGCUGAUUUAAUAAAACAGAGCAGUGCCACAUCACUUAUAUAUCCACCAAUCAGAAACGGCUGCACCGGUGCCGCACUUUUAAUUGCGGCACCAUAGUAUCAGCCAAUUGUGUUGAGAAGCAGUGAUGGGCCUAAGGCCCUAAAGAAAUUACGAAGCCCAAAAACACGGAGUUAAGCGAACUAUGAACCCAAUGUCCAUAAACACGAUCACCUCGAAUAAUGGGCCUCAAGAAAACUAUGAAGCCCAUAAACACGUGGCCUCCAACAAAGAGCAGGCCAAAGCGCGCUGGGCACCUCUUGGUCUACUCCUUUCUGCCGCCGACGGUGACCUUGGCGAUUUACGACACAAAAACACUUGCGGACACCAGACCAGUCACCGCCUCCGAGUCUGCAGUCGGCGAUCGCCGUCACUCCUCGCCGCUGAGUACUGCGUUUCAGAUUAAAAGUGAACAAUGCCGUCUCUGCAAACUGCAUUGCCGCCUGAACUUGCCAACAACGUUCUUAGAGUUGAGUAUCAUCAUUUCAAUUCAUUUCCUUUUCAAUUCAUUUGGCCUUCAAAGUAUCAUAUUUCUGGGUUAUGGUUUCGUUCUGAUUACUGGCUGGGAAAAUCGGAGCUGCGUAAUAGUGACGAUGGAAUUGGUUGUGUUGCAGCUUUACAAGGAAUGUCUUCGAAGAGCCAAGUUCGUUGGUCAUCAGCAACACAACACGGCGUUGUUGGUUGAAAUGGUGAGGCAGCAGUUUAAAAAGCACAAGCACGAGACCGACCCUGACAAAAUCCAGAAGUUGAAAGACGAUGCGGCAAGAGGACUUAUAAACCACAUGCUCUACGAAUCUGAGAAGAUGUCUGGCCGUAAGUUCAGCAAGAGCGCUUAGUCUUUUCGCAUCUUAGAAGGUUGUUGUUCCUUGGUUUUUGCUGAGCAAAGUUGCUGUCCUUUAGGUAUAGAAGAACAGAUUGAAUAAUAGGAAACGAGUUUUCUUUUCUGUAUCCUCGUUGUUUCACGUAACCUUUGCUUGAACAGUAGUGUUUUGAUGGCUUGAUCAUCUUCCACAUGUUGUUUAUGUGCUGUCUGUUUGUAGAUGUAAAGCUUAUUCUGGAAAUGGCCAAUGGAAGCCAGUUUGUUAAGAUGGAUCAAACCAUUUUGGCGAUCUCGCUAUCUUCUAUUUUGUCCCAUCGCUUACUUGUUCCCUUUGCCUUAGAAGCAAUCAAAGUAGCUGAAUUUAGCCUUGCUUAGUUGGACAGAGGUGGGCAUAUUAAGGUAUGUAGAGCUCGUCCUGUUCUGCGGAAGCUUAGUAUAGUUUGCAGGCAACUGGGAUCCUUAAUAUUUGUUCCCAUUGUGAAAUGUUGGCCAUUGAGGGAGGACAAACACCAGAGCAGCUGUGGCAAGCUGCUUCUGAAAUCCUUCCCGUUCAGUCGUCUUUUCUUUAUAUGCCACUAGUCUUUCUAUCUUGGACUUUGUUUUUGCUCCAUCUGCUGCCAUUGGCUGCAAUGCUCAUAACAAGCCUGGAACCAGUAAUUCAUGCAAGGUAUAUUAGGAUUCCAUUAGUUCAUCUAUGAAUACACCAUUGAAUGUAUU